GGCCGUCUACCCGAAAAUGGAUUUUCCGAGGCUGAAAUUGAGGCCAUCCUUCACAAGCUCGCCUUAAUGGAUUCUAAUAAUUGGUCCAACUCCACGGGUGUCGGUGAACGCGAGGGUCGCAUCCUACUCGAUAUUGUCAGGCGACGUCAUUUUGGUCUAGCUCACGGUAUCGGGCGUUCCGGCGAUAUCACAGCAAUCCAACCCAAGGCGCCGGGCUCAAGUCUCAUAAACCAGCUUGUGAAUUCGCUGCUUUUGGAUUGGCUUCGGAGAUCUGGUGAGUCAUCUUUUUGGCGUGGCACCUCUUUCUCGUAUCAUUCUAAUACCACUACUUUUGCUAUGCCAACUGGGAAGGUCUCUUUGGUUUUUCUGCUUCUAGUUUACCAAACUAACAUGCCUUUUCCCGUUAAAUUUCCCGCCGCUUUACUAAUAGCAGUAAUUCUUGAAUACGCACUACUGCCUUUUUGUGGAACUGUAGGCGCGCCAAGCACGGCCUCCUGUUUGCUGGUCCCCAUGGCGACCGGAAUGACGCUGACGUUUUGCCUGCUGACACUGAAGCGCCGACGCGGCCCCCAGGCCAAGUACGUCGUCUGGCCGCGGAUCGACCAGAAGUCCUGCCUGAAGUGCAUCGCCACGGCCGGCCUCAUUCCUGUGCCAAUCGAGCCAAUACAGUCGUCAGGACGACGGCCAAAGCACAAAGGCUCGGGGUCGUCGGUAGCAGGCGACUCGUCUGGUGACUUGCCUGCUGACCAGCUCGCUUCAAACCUGCCAGCGAUUGAGGCAGCCAUCAAGGACCCCGAGGGCUCGCUGCUUGCGACCCCCGCGACCGACUGCCGGCCUGGCCCCGAGUCAGUUGUCUGCGUCCUCUCCACCACCAGCUGCUUCUCCCCGCGCGUUCCUGACCGAAUACUCGCUAUAAGCAGCCUCUGCGAAGCCCACAACGUGCCCCAUUUAAUCAAUAACGCCUACGGUGUCCAGUCGAAGCGGUGUAUGGGCAUGAUCGAGGCGUCGUGGGGCGAGGUGAAGAGACGGCGGCAGUCGACGCAGCGUCCACUCGACCUGCUCUACGUACAGUCGACGGACAAGAAUCUCAUGGUGCCGGUUGGUGGAUCCAUCAUCGCGGGGUUUUCAACGGAACUCCUCAGGGACAUUGCCGAGUCCUACCCAGGCCGUGCCUCGGGCACACCAUCGCUGGACGUCUUUGCCACCCUCUUGUACCUGGGUCGAGGAGGCUGGGACAGCCUCGUUUCGAAGCGCGAGGUCUGCUACCUCCGGCUGGCCGAGGGUCUUCGAGGCAUCGCCGCGAAGCACCGUCUCAGACUCAUGCACACUCCGGACAACCCCAUCUCACUGGCUCUGUCGUUGCAAGGCCUCGGCGAUGACCACGACCCCGACGCCCUAACCCUUCUCGGCGCCAAACUCUUCACACAGGGCUGCUCUGGUGUCCGGUAA